GCCGGGGGCGGGGCGCGCAGGGGAAGGGGCGGAGCCACGUCCGUGGCGCCAAAUCCUAAUCAUGGCGCCUGAACGGGUGCGGAGCCGGGUGCUCUCAGCCUUUAAGCUGCGUGGCUUGCUGCUCCGAGGUGAAGCUAUUAAGUACCUCACAGAAGCUCUUCAAUCAACCAAUGAAUUGGAACUUGAAGAUAUCUUGGAAAAGAUCAUCGAUGCAGUUGAAAAGCAGCCCUUGUCAUCCAACAUGAUUGAACGAUCUGUAGUGGAAACCGCAGUCCAGGAAUGCAGUCAAUCUGUUGAUGAAACUAUGUAUAGAGCAUAUUUUCAAUAUCAUAGGAGCUUUUGAUGUUCCACGUUUUCUGUACAAUUCGGAAAGAAAAAAAUUUCUUCCUCUAUUAAUGACCAACCACCCUACGCCAAAUUUAUUUGGAACUGCAAGAGAUAAAGCAGAGCUAUAUCGUGAACGAUACACCAUUUUGCACCAGAGGACCCACAGGCAUGAAUUGUUCACUCCUCCAGUGAUAGGUUCUCAACCUGAUGAAAGCGGAAGCAAAUUCCAGCUUAAAACAAUAGAAACCUUAUUGGGUAGUACAACCAAAAUUGGAGAUGUGAUUGUUCUUGGAAUGAUAACCCAAUUAAAAGAGGGAAAAUUUUUUCUUGAAGAUCCUACUGGAACAGUACAAUUGGAUCUUAGUAAAGCUCAGUUCCACAGUGGUUUAUAUACAGAGGCAUGCUUCGUUUUAGCAGAGGGUUGGUUUGAAGAUCAAGUAUUUCAUGUCAACGCCUUUGGAUUUCCACCCACUGAACCUUCUAGUACUACAAGGGCAUACUAUGGAAAUAUUAAUUUUUUUGGAGGRCCUUCUAAUACAUCUGUGAAGACUUCUACAAAGCUGAAACAACUGGAAGAUGAGAACAAAGAUGCCAUGUUUGUAUUUGUAUCUGAUGUUUGGUUGGACCAAAUGGAAGUAUUGGAAAAACUUCACACAAUGUUUUCUGGCUAUUCACCAGCACCCCCAACCUGCUUUAUUUUGUGUGGUAACUUUUCAUCAGCACCAUAUGGAAAAAAUCAAGUUCAAGCUUUGAAAGAUUCUCUAAAAACUUUGGCAGACAUAAUAUGUGAAUACCCAAAUAUUCACCAAAGUAGUCGUUUUGUGUUUGUACCUGGUCCGGAGGAUCCUGGGUUUGGUUCCAUCUUACCCAGGCCACCACUUGCUGAAAGCAUCACUAAUGAAUUUAGACAAAGGGUACCAUUUUCAGUUUUUACUACAAAUCCUUGCAGAAUUCAGUAUUGUACACAAGAAAUUAUCAUCUUUCGUGAAGACUUAGUGAAUAAAAUGUGUAGAAACUGUGUCCGUUUUCCUAGUAGCAAUUUGGAUAUUCCUAAUCAUUUUAUAAAGACUAUCCUGUCUCAAGGACAUCUGACUCCUCUACCUCUUUACAUCUGCCCAGUGUAUUGGGCAUAUGAUUAUACUUUAAGAGUGUAUCCUGUGCCCGAUCUGCUUGUCAUUGCAGACAAAUACGAUCCUUUCACCGUGACCAAUACUGAAUGCCUCUGCAUUAACCCUGGCUCUUUUCCAAGAAGUGGAUUUUCAUUCAAAGUUUUUUACCCUUCCAACAAAACAGUAGAAGACAGCAAACUUCAAGGCUUYUGAGAGUCUUAAAGACCAUAUGAAAAAAAAAGCAUCAGUUUUCUGCUUGGUUUUAUGUAUUAAGUGAUUUUGAUAUUAUUAUUAAAUUAUGGUAAACUUUAAAAAUAUUCUUGAAUUUGUAUUUUAUGAAAUUUUGAUAUUGUUAUACCAAAUACAGUGGUACAUUUGAAAAUUUUUAUAGGAAAAACACUUCCAGCAUUCUUUAAAAAAAAAUAUGCUGAUUUAAGAGGCCCUGGGUUUGAUCCCCUGCACUGCAAAACAACAAAAUGUAGAUAUGUAUAAAGAUAUAUUCUAGCUGGUUGAGCUGGUGCAUACCUGUAAUCCCAGCAACUUGA